ACGAGUGCAGGGGAGAGAGGGGAGGAGGAGUAAAACAGGCAGACGGCUGGUUCUGUGAGGCAGAGGUGAUGGACCCAGCAAGCAGAGAGUAACACACACACACACACACACACACACACAAACAAACACACACUUACAAGACAACACAACACAACACAACACUGUCUCUAACCUUUGACCGGACAGCAGACACACGCACACACACACAUACACACACACAGUGACCUCUAUCUGUCCCAUACACACCUCUGCAGAAGUUUCACACACUUUUCUCUGCUGCUGCUUGUGACUGUCGUGGGGACUCUGACUCUGAGAGAAGACAAGAGAAGAGAAGAGAAGAGAAGACAAGAGAAGACAAGAGAAGAGAAGAGAGGAGUCCAACACCAGAGGAGAGGCUGAAGCUGAAGCUGGACUGACUGUCUGUGGGUUUCCUCCUGCUUCUCUGCCAGACUGACUGGUGUGUGUGUGUGUGUGUGUGUGUGAGUGUGACUGACUGGUGUGAGUGUGUGUGCACGCGUGUGUGGUUGAGUGUUUUGUUGCUCUGGACUAUCUACCCUGCUGGAGAGGAGUGGAGUGGAGACACAGAGCUGGACACCCCUGAGGAUUAAACCCCCUGAGAGAGAGAGAGAGAGAGAGGAGAGAGAGAGGGAGAGAGGAGGGUGAGAGGGGGACACUGCUGAGUUGCUCCCCAGGCUGUGAUGGCUUUCUGUGGAGUGUGAGGGAUCUGGCCCCAGGAGCCACCGGAGAAAGAGAGACAGAGAGCCGCUUUAUCAGCAGGUCUGGAAAGGUGUUCAUGAGAGUGUGUGUGAGUGUGAUCAUGGGUUUCCCCACUCUGGUGCUGUUACUUCUGCUGCUGCUGUGUGGCCAGCCAGGUCAGGGGUCGGAGGUCAACCAGGGAGCGCAGGAGUUCGACAGCAGCGAAGGUGUGGGGGCGGAGUUCCUGGAGGCUGGUCGCACCCGCCGCGCCGCUGCGCCCGACGUCUCGUCCUCGGAGAAGUGCUCGUACACGUUCAUCGUGCCGCAGCGGAAGGUGACGGGGGCCAUCUGCGUGAACUCGCGCGAGCCGGAGGCGGCGGCGGCGGCGGUCGGGGCCCGCGUGCACAAGCAGGAGCUGGAGGUGCUCAACUCGGAGCUGCACAAGCAGAAGAGGCAGAUCGAGACGCUGCAGCAGCUGGUGGAGGUGGACGGCGGCGUGGUCAACGAGGUCAAGCUGCUGCGCAAGGAGAGCCGCAACAUGAACUCCCGCGUCACGCAGCUCUACAUGCAGCUGCUGCACGAGAUCAUCCGCAAGCGCGACAACGCGCUCGAGCUCUCGCAGCUGGAGAACAAAAUCCUCAACCAGACGUCCGAGAUGCUGCAGCUCACCACCCGCUUCAGGGAGCUGGAGCACAAGUACCGCCACCUGGCCGCGCUGGCCAACAACCAGUCUGCCCUCAUCGCUCGGCUGGAGGAGCAGUGCCAGCCUCACCAGCGCACCCACGUGCCCUCGCGCCCGCUGCCACAACCGCGAGCGCAGCCGCAGCCCCAGCCCCAGCCGCGACCGCAGCCACAGCCCCAGCCCCAGCCCCAUCCACAGCCCCAUCCGCAGCCCCAUCCGCAGCCCCCCCCCUCGACCCCGCUCAACAAGCCCUACAAGCCCCCCACCUACACGCGCAACGGCCAAAUCACCAACGAGAUCCAGAGCGACCAGAACUCCAAGGUCACGCCGGCGCUACCCACAAUGCCGAGCGGCACGCACAGCCCUUCCACCACCAACAAGCCAUCAGGUCCCUUUAAGGACUGCCUGCACGCGCUGGACGACGGCCACAGCACUAGUGGGAUGUACCUGGUGAAGCCGGAGGGCUCCAACCGCCUGAUGCAGGUGUGGUGUGACCAGGGACAGGACCCCGGGGGCUGGACCGUCAUCCAGAGGAGGGUGGACGGGUCGGUCAACUUUUUCAGGAACUGGGAGACGUACAAGCAAGGCUUUGGCAACAUUGACGGCGAGUACUGGCUGGGGCUGGAGAACAUCCACUGGCUGACGAGCCAGGGCAACUACAAGCUGCUGGUGACGCUGGAGGACUGGGCGGGCAGGAAGGUGUUCGCCGAGUACGCCAGCUUCCGCCUGGAGCCCGAGGCAGACUUCUACCGCCUCCGCGUGGGCCGUUACCACGGCAACGCCGGCGACUCGCUCACCUGGCACAACGGCAAGCAGUUCACCACGCUGGACCGAGACCACGACGUCUACACAGGUAACUGUGCCCAUUACCAGAAGGGUGGCUGGUGGUAUAACUCCUGCGCCCACUCCAACCUGAACGGCGUGUGGUACCGCGGAGGCCACUACCGCAGCCGGUACCAAGAUGGCGUCUACUGGGCCGAGUUCCGUGGCGGGGCGUACUCCCUGAAGAGAGUGGUGAUGAUGAUCAGACCCAACGCCAACACCUUCCACUAGGGACGGUGGCCUUCAUCAAACAUGAUGCCUUUUUUGCUUAACCUGAAGCUUCUGUAGCGUCUCCUGCUAAUCAAUCAGUCCUGACAACAUCUGGCUCUGGGGCGAGGACAGGCAGCAGUAGCACCAGAGAGAGAAAGAGAGAAAGAGAGAAAGAGAGAGAGAGAGAGAGAGAGAGACUGCACACAGCUCUCACUGCUGUCCUGAGCUCGGUCUUAUUCUGCCCGUCACCCUCCCUCCCUCCAGCGCCAUCAGCUGGAGCGGCAGUCUGCUGCCUUUGGAUCCAACGCCACGGCUUCAUCCGAAUGGAAACAAACAAGGAACUUCCUCCUCCAACGCUUCUCUUUUCUCCAGCAAUAAUCAGCACGUGGAUAGCAUAUGUUACAUUCACUAGCUUUAGCAUUAAUCGUCAUAACAAUACUCAAGGCACAGGGGACUAUUUUUCCGAAAACAUUAGGAGGAGUAGUUAGUAGCAGUGUUGGAUAAGUAAGGUGCCAUAUAGUCCUAGACAUUGAAAUGCUUCCUAAGACUGCGUAUGGUAACAUAGACUCAGGAAAUUAUAUCCGGUGAAACGUACUAGCCUAGCUUAGCUUCUAAUCUGUACUCAUAUCUGUUUUUUCUUACCGCAGAAAACUAACUCAUUAUUUAUUUCAGGGAUCACAAACAAACAGUGCAUUUCUUAAAAGGUGACCUUAUUCUUAAGAAUACACCUGCACAUACGCCUGAAAUAAUCCUGAAAUAUCAUUGCAUAUUAUUAUCUGCCUUCCAUGACAAGAUUCUGACCUUUGUCAUGAAACACACAGGAAUACAAACUGAUUUGAAAAGGACUGUUCCUGUUUUGCACAUGGGAUUCACUGUUUAAAAGAAGGCAAUAUCUGAUGUAAGGUGGGGGUUCCUCUACAGCGAUGGACUCUAGGACUGUACCUAUUGUCCCGGUAACCAUAGGAACCUCUAUGACUGUACCUAUUGUAUAAUGGCCAGUGUUGGCAUCACAUGGAGGUCCAUGUGUUUUUAUCUGUACAUAGAAAAGUGAUAUUGUUGAAGAUCUUUGUAAAAUACUGUAACAAUCACAUCUUGUAAUAGAAGGAGGCAAUAAAAAUGUACAGCCUU